AUGCGUUCCUCGCUUCGCGUUCCUUUUCUCAUUGCUGGCAUGCUCUCGGUGGGUGCAGGUAUGUCCCUACUGAUUAAAUAUCAGGACAUGCAAUGCGUAGAAAACUGCGACGAUCCCGAACCACACAAUCAUGUCGCGUACGAACAACCUGUUUGGCAGACCCUGAUCAUGUUCGGUGAGUUUGACUCGCGAUGCCUUCUGCCCGUACUUUACACGCGAUAUCUUCUCCCCGGGUCCGUGAAGCUUCCUCUUGAUGAAGAAGUCCAUCGCGUCAAACGUGAGAAGGAACCCUUUACGGGGUGGACACCUCUUUUGUUUUGGGUUCCUGCCAUUUUUGAUAUUUUCGGAGCAACUUUGAUGAAUGUUGGCCUUUUGUACACUCCCGUGUCAAUUUUCCAAAUGACGCGUGGAGGUCUGGUUUCUUUUGUUGGAAUUUUUAGUGUGGCUUUUCUUCGUCGGCGCUUAGAACUCUACCAAUGGAUUUCGCUUUGCCUUGUUGUUUUUGGUGUAACCAUCGUGGGCCUCAGUGGUCGCCUUGUAGACGUCCUCAUCGGUAACCCACCGUCUCUCAUGGAUCCAUCUAGCCAACUGAUUUAUCCCACUCGAGGCAUCUGUUUAACCUUGUGCGCGCAAAUAUUCGUAGCAAUUCAAUUCAUAAUUGAGGAAAAGAUUAUGUCUCAAUACGACGUUGAGCCCAUGCUCGCCGUUGGUCUCGAGGGCACAUUCGGAAUCAUCACGGUUCUCGCGACCAUGGCUUUCCUCGCCAUUCCCUCCAUGUCAUCUCAUUCUGUGUACUUCGACAUUUCUCGGGGAUGGCACCAGCUCAUCGACAACCCCGUCGUCCUUUCGUCCGCUGUGGCCAUUGCCGUCAGCGUAUCGGUAUUCGACGUGUGCGGGGUGGGGAUAACGCAUCGCGUCAGCGCGACUGUGCGCACCCUUACGGAUUCGUGUAGGACCUUGGUUAUUUGGAUAUUGAGUCUGGGACUUGGUUGGGAGAUCUUGGUGUGGCCUGUUUCGAUGUUGCAGGUGCUUGGCUUCGGGAUCUUGGUAUAUGGAACACUGCUGUACAAUGGCCUCGUU